UUGUAAUUUCCGUGACAUGAAGCUUUCUUCUCUUCUCUGUUCUCUCCAUUGGACUCAAACGAGACAACUAUAUAAAUGGUGGUUCCCUCAACUUUCUAUUCUCAGCAACCACCUUUUUGCGCUCACAACCAAUUUCACCACAUUCCAGAGAGAUCUCAGCUCAUAUCUCAGAUCACGCUUCCAAUUUCACACUCUUCCAAUUUUCUUGAAGCCUCUCAGCAGCUGAAAAUAUAAUCUUUUUGCAACUGACAAUGUAGGAUUGUUGAGUUAGGACAAUUUGGUGUUAUUCAAGCCAUGAAAACUCAAUUAUCCAUGAAAUUCAAGCCUCUACUUGCAACUGGUUCCUUCUAGGGAGGAUUUUUUUGUUGUCGUCUUCUCUUUCAUCUAUCAAAAGUUUGUUGCAGCCUCUGCCUCAUGGAUUCUGUCCUUGGUAAUUGGCCAUCUUAUGAUCCUCACAACUUUAGCCAGCUUCGAACUUCAGAUCCUUCUAGAUCUUCUAAAAUGGCACCGGCCACUUACCAUUCUAUUCACAACAGGGACGUACCACCAGCCGAUCAAGUGAUAAAUACCGAACACAAAAAUAUCCUUCUAAGAGAAAUCUACCGGCGUGCAGAGGAGAAGUUGACACCCAAAAGAGCUGCAUCCGAUAACCUCAUACCGGAGCAUGGAUCCAAACAACCAAGGGUUUCAACGUGAAAAUUUUUCUUUGACCAACAAAUGAUGAAUAUGGUUUGUGAACAACUCUUUCAGAAGUCAGAUAUGCCCUUAUGUAACUAAGAAGACUUUGGCAUGUUUGGUAUUGUAAACUAUCUUUUCAAGUAUAGAGUUGGUUAGCCCCAGCAUAAUUAUUCAGUGAAUGAAGUGAGAUAGUGAUUAUGAAUUUCAUUGUAGAUUUUGUGCUAUAUGCUUGUCCAAUGUCCACAUAAGUUAGAAAGAGGCAGAAGCUUUGAUUCAGGAUUUUGAGGAUUUGCAGUAGGUAUGCAUCAUAAUCUAGUGCCACAUUCUUUAUUUUUUAUUUUAUAUGAUCUCUUUUUACUCA